GCCACUCUUUGUGCAGAAAACUCAAAAAAAAAAAAACAUACACACACAAAAAUGGAGAUGGAGAUGACACAACAAGAAUCAUCAUAUGAGUUGGAUGUUGGUAAUCUAAUGGCUUCAUACCCACAUCACAACUUUGUAUCUCCACCUUCUUCCAGAGAGGAGCUGGCAAAGGAGUGUCUACAGGAGGCGACCAAGUUAGUUCAAGCUGUUGCAGAUGCCCUCUUCAUCUUACCAUCAACAGAAAGCCCUGAUGGUCCUCUAGUCGCAUUGCCUCAACCAACUACGAGAUUGCCUAGAGAAAAGCCUCUUCCAAGGCCUAAACCUCCAACAAAAUGGGAAGUGUUUGCCAAGAAGAAAGGUAUACAAAAACGUAAGAAAGACAAGGUUGUUUUUGAUGAUCAAACUGGUUCAUGGAAGCGCCGACAUGGCUACGAUCGCGUAAAUGAUGACAAAGAUGUGCCGAUCAUUGAAGCCAAGGCAACUGAUGAGCCUGGUCAAGAUCCUUUUGCUAAGAGACAUGAAGAAAAGAAGAAGAGAGUAGAAAAACAAGAGAAGAAUCGACAUAGUAACUUGAAGGAAGCUGCAAAAGCUGGUGCCUUGCCAAGUCACGUUCAGCUUGCUGCCACAGCACUGCCUAUAACGGGGAAAACACAAGCUGCACCAAGGAAAAUUAGCAAGGAUGAACUCGGAAAUGUCGCUGGAAUGGCAGCAAAUGCAACAGCUAGUGGCGGAAAAUUUGACAAGAAGUUGCCUGGGGAAAAGCCCCCAAAACAUGACAAAAAGUAUCGGAAGUUCUUACCAGUUGCGGAAGGAUCAGGAAUGGGCUCCUUAGAGAAACAGCAAACGGAAAAGAUUCUAAACAAGUUCAUGGCCAGGAACUCCCAUGAGAUACUCAAUGUGCAAAAGGCUGUAAACAUGUACAACGUGAAAAAAGAUAAGAAAGGAAGGAGCCAAGGAGGGAAGUCAUCGAAAACUGAUAGCAAGUUGAAGGCGAGGAAGUCACCCUACUCUAAGAAGUCUUCAACAAAAGGGCCUUCAAGUAAAGGAAAAUCCAAGUGAUGACUUUCUUAUAUCCAAUUGUAGUAGUAUACAUGGUAGUCAACCCUUCCUCAUUUAUGUUGUGUUUAUUUAAUUUAUGUUGCAAUGGAACUGUGAAGAGAUUCGUGAGAAAUGAGACAUUAGUAUUUUCCAUGUGUGGAGUAAAGUAAAA